GGCAGCGUUGUGGAACUAGAAGUGUGACCAUUGAGAUCAUGAUUUGUGAAUGUGAUUACAUUAUGCAAGUACGUGUUUGGUGCGCUGACCGGAGCUCAUUAGUCUGUUGAAUCACUGGCAAUUGUUUCUGUUUUGUGUUCAGUUAGUGCUGCAAUAUUAAAAGUAUCGUUUACAGUAACCGUAGUAGUAUUGAAAGAAACUGUGAUUCAAAUAGUGUGUUUUCUUUGUGGACGUAAUUGUGAGAGCGUUAUGAUUAUGAAUAGGACAAAACAGGAAAGUGUAAUUUUCCUAGUAGCAUAAACUCAUUAUCAUAAUGAGCAAACGUAGACGCACAUCAUCUGUUGCUAGUCGUGGGAAUGAAGAAGAAGGAAUGGAGCCAGAACCUACACCUGACCCUCCUAGAAAGAGAAAAAAAAUGGAUCCUGCUGAGAUGUGUCAACAGUUGUACGAUUCAAUUCGUAAUCAUAAGAAAGAAGAUGGUACUUUACUUUGUGAUGCUUUCAUUAGAGUACCGAAAAGACGUCAAGAGCCUGGUUAUUAUGAGGUUGUCUCAAAUCCUAUUGAUCUGCUGAAAGUUCAACAAAAACUGAAGACAGAUGAAUAUGAGGACUUAGAUGACCUUACCAGUGAUAUUCAACUGUUAGUGAAUAACGCAAAAGCUUUUUACAAGCGAACUUCUCAGGAAUACAAAGAUGCUUGUGAUAUGUGGGAUUUAUUUGUUGCCUCUAAAAAUCGUCUUCUGGAUCUUGAUGGAAGAACAGAUGAAGGAGAACAUAAAGGGAAAAUAAUCCUAAAAGUGGGAAAAUUGGCUCGCAGAGCAGCUGCAGCAGAAGCCAAGAAGCAAGAUGAUGCAGAAGAUAAUUCAGAGAGUUCAACAAAUCCUGAUGAAGAAAUCAAUCAGUUUGAGGACCUAUUCACUGCUGUGAUGACUGCAACUGAUCAGGACAACCGACCUUUGCAUACAUGUUUUCAAUUGUUGCCUUCAAAAAAACGUUACCCUGAAUAUUAUGAAGUUAUAGAAAAUCCCAUUGAUCUUAAAAUGAUUGCUACAAAGAUACAGCAAAAUAAGUAUUCUACAUUGAAUGAUUUAGAAAAAGAUUUAUUGCAGUUAACUCGCAAUGCAACACUUUUUAAUGAGCCAGGGUCACAAAUAUAUAAGGAUGCAAAAGCUCUACGCAAAAUUAUUACAUCUAAGAAAAUCGAAGUAGAACAUGGAAAAUAUACUCCAGGAAAAAGCAGCGAACGAAUAAGGAAUAAGCGCUUGAGAGGCGUGCAGUCAUUGUCUGCUAUAACGGCUGCCCUAAGAGAUGAAGAUGAAGAUUCUGAUGAAGGAGGUAUGGAUGAAGAGGAGAUGGAAGAUGCUGACAAUCCUCAAUGGCUGCUCUAUGAUUGUGUGAAGAAUACUACUAAUAAUCAAGGUCAGGCAAAAAAUAGUUAUGACUUCUGUGAAGAAUGUUUUAAAACUGAUUAUGGUCAUUUACUGAGUGAACCUUUUUGGAAAUUACCAUCAAAACGAUAUUAUCCUGAUUAUUAUAAAGAAAUAAAAAACCCUGUAUCACUGUUUCAAAUAAGAAACAAAUUGAAACGUGGUGAUUAUGGGACUCUCAGCGAAGUAGCAGGAGAUAUGAACAUAAUGUUUGAAAAUGCAAAGAAAUACAACCGUGUUGAUUCCAGAUUGUACAGGGAUGCUGUCAAAUUGCAAAAAAUUAUGCAAGCUAAAGUUCAAGAACUUCUAGAUUUUGAUCAGGAUUCUGAAAGUGAAGAAGACUCAGAUGAGCGUGGUACUAAAAGGAAAGUUGGGCGCAGACCACUGGGAACUAAAAUGUCCCGUUGCCGUGAAAUCUUGCCCCUCAAGAAACGCCUGCAACUGCUCUUCAAAUGCCUGGUGGAUUAUGUGCAAGAAGAUGGUCGUCAGCCUAUUUUAAUGUUCAUGGAAAAACCAUCAAAGAAGUUAUAUCCUGAUUAUUUUCAAGUGAUUGCUGAGCCCAUUGACAUGCUCACUAUUGAGUCAAAUAUAAAAAGUGAUAAGUACACCAAUGAAGAAGAAUUUUUAGCCGAUCUCAGGCUUAUGUUCAGUAACUGCAGGCAGUAUAAUGAAGAAGGAUCUAUGAUUUAUGAAGAUGCUAACAAGUUGGAGGAAGUCUUAAUGGAAAAGGUGAAAGAGUUGGGUCCAGUGCAAGAUAAGAGAACAAAUAUGAAAAACAUUAAGCCUCCAAAGACUGUUUUGAAUCAGAAACUGCGUAUGUUGUAUGACACAAUACGUGAUUAUAAAGACCCCAAGCAAAGGCAACUCAGUUUAAUUUUCAUGAAACUUCCAUCAAAAAUAGAAUAUCCAGAUUAUUACGAAGUGAUUAAACGUCCAAUAGUACUUGAAAAUAUUGCUCAGAAGUUAAAAGCUGGACAAUAUGAAAGCUUGGAUGAUAUGGUGUCAGAUUUUGUGUUAAUGUUUGAUAAUGCUUGCAAAUAUAAUGAACCUGACUCGCAGAUCUAUAAGGAUGCUCUAAUGCUGCAACGAGUGACCUUGCAGACCAAACUGCAGUUACGUGAAGAUGAAGAGGUUGUGCCGGAUGUUACAGCUGCUGUGCAGGAACUACUCACCUCUCUUUUUACAUCUAUUUACAAUCAUCAAGAUGAAGAAGGUCGCUGUUUCUCUGAUUCAAUGGCAGAACUUCCAGAACAUGAUGAAGUGGAUGGUGCAAAAGUGAGAGCCUUGUCACUUGAUCUUGUGAAAAGGCGACUGGACCGAGGGUUGUAUCGUAGACUUGACAUUUUUCAAGAGGAUAUUUUUGCUUGUAUGGAAAGAGCACGGAAAUUGUCACGAACAGACUCGCAGGUGUUCGAAGAUUCUAUAGAAUUACAGUCGUGUUUCAUUCGUCAAAGAGAUGAGCUAUGUCGCAAUGGAGAUCUUCUCCAAUCACCAGCUUUGAGUUACACCUUGCUGCAUUUAGCAGCUGCAGUGGAGGCAACUCGUCAGCAGAAAUUGCUACAGGAACAGCCCGAGGAAGAAGCGGAAACACGUAGUUCUGAAGAUUCUCUGAAAGAAUCAACCUCGAAUGUUGCUGCUGGAGAUUCAAUGAGUUUCAAUCAUCAGGUUUACCAUGUAGGCGAUUUUGUUUAUGCUGAACCUAAAGAACGGGGUGUUGAGCCUACAAUUAUACAUAUAGAACGCCUGUGGACCAAUCAGGAAGGCCAGCAAAUGAUGUAUGGCAAUGUAUUUUUCAGACCAAACGAGACUUAUCACGUGACUACACGAAAAUUUCUGGAGAAGGAGGUCUUCAAGAGUGAACUGCAUGCAGCAGUCCCUCUAAAUAACUUGCAAGGAUUAUGUUGUGUGCUUAGUGUCAAAGAUUACUUCAGAUCAAAACCAGAAGGAUUUCCUGACAAGGACGUAUAUGUUUGUGAAUCACGAUAUUCAACCAAAGCUAGAGCCUUCAAAAAAAUUAAGGUGUGGCCCUUUGCAAUGUCCCAGAAUAUUAAAUUAAUGCCUAGGGAAGAAGUAAUUGAGCCAAAGAGACAUGUUUCUGUUUUUCGGGAACGAGUAGAGAAACAUAAAGAAGAGAUUGCGGAAUUAGAAGAAUUGGAGAAGUUUGUAGAGAAAGAAAAACCU